AUGGCCACGCGAUCAUUGUGGCGCAUCCGAGGGAAGCUCGCGGUGGCAGCCACUGCGCUUCUUACUGGCGGUGCCGCAGCCACCGUGGCCACUUCCGAGGAUCCAGCGACUGCUCUGAAGCUCUGCACCGCUGUCCCUACCCGCCUCUAUCGCGACACCGUCACUGCCGCCUUUAUUGCUUUUGAUUAUGAAUACUCGCUCUGGGGGUUGUCGGAAGGAAGUGUUGAGAGGGCCAAAGUUAAACAUGAAGUUCACUUAAGGUCUGCGCAAAAACUUCAAGAACUGUGUUUUAAAAAUGGGGGAAUAUAUAUUAAGCUUGGGCAACACCUUGGGCAGCUGGAAUAUUUAAUACCUGAGGAGUAUGUUCAAACAAUGAGGGAGUCAAUGCUGAACAAAUGUCCGGUUUCUUCAUAUGAUCAAGUGUGUGAGGUUUUCAAGAAAGAGCUUGGAGAGGGACCAGAUAAAAUUUUUGAAGAAUUUGAUCCUGUUCCGAUAGCAAGUGCUUCCCUUGCACAAGUUCAUGUAGCUCGAACACAUGACGGCCAAAAAGUCGCUGUGAAGGUUCAGCACACUCACAUGACAGAUACUGCCACUGCAGAUCGUGCCACAGUGGAAUUAAUUGUGAAUACCCUACAUAGGGAAUUGGAUUUUUUGGUUGAGGCCAAGAAUAGUGAGAAGUGUUUGGAGAAUUUCCGGAAGCUAUCUCCUCAUAUUGCAGAAUAUGUUUAUGCACCAACGGUGCAUUGGAAUUUAAGUACUUCAAAGCUAUUAACCAUGGAAUUUAUGGAUGGUGCACAUGUGAACGAUGUGAAGACCGUACGAAAACUUGGGAUUCAGCCUAGUGAAGUUGCAACAUUAGUUAGUCAAGCUUUUGCUGAGAUGAUUUUCAGACACGGAUUUGUGCAUUGUGACCCACAUGCUGCUAACUUGAUAGUUCGGCCUUUGCCAUCUGGUAAACGGAGCAUUCUAGGCAAAAGAAAACCGCAGUUGGUACUCUUGGACCAUGGUCUAUAUAAAGAACUUGAUUUCACGACUAGGUUUAACUAUGCUGCCCUUUGGAAGGCAUUGAUUUUUUCUGAUGCUAAUGCAAUAAAGGAAAACAGUGUUAAAUUGGGUGCUGGAGAGGAUCUAUAUGCACUAUUUGCUGCAAUUCUUACUAUGAAGCCCUGGAAUAGGAUCAUUGACCCAUCUGUUGAUCAUUUGGUUAUAAAAGGCGAUGAUAGUGAGCGUUCUGAACGACAGAUGUAUGCAUCUCAGUUCUUCCCUCAAAUCUCUGAGCUUCUAAGGAGGUUGCCAAGAGUAAUUCUGUUGAUGCUGAAAACAAAUGACUGUUUGCGAUCUGUAAAUAGUUGUCUGUUGCAAGGAUCUUCUGUUGAGACAUUUUUCAUCAUCGGAAAAGUUUCCUCCAAGGCAGUUGUUGAGGCAAAGAAGUUACAGCGGAAAUCCUUACUGAGUAGGUUAGAUGUAUUGCUGGAGGAAAUCUUGUUGGAAUUUAGACUUCUGGGGAUGCAGAUAGCCCUGGACUUCAUAUUCUUUCUAUCCGCUGUCCAGAUGCUGGAAGGUGCUUUGGACACGGAUUGA